AUGUCAUCGAGAGAGAAUCAAAUGAAAACACCAGAUUCAAAACAAGAACAACAAGGCAAUAGAUUCAACAAACAAAAUAGUCAAAAACCAGCUUUUAGUCAACAACAAGAGGAUUCACCAGAUGAAAAUUUCGACCUUUUAAAAUAUUUACACAAAAAACAAAAAACAUUGAUAGAUAAUUAUGGUUUUGGGAAAAGUUCGAAAUAUCGUUAUCCUCGUUACUAUUUUAUUAAUCAAAAUCGAUCAAUAUUGAUUAUUUUACAAGGUGAUAUAACAAGAACAAAAGUCGAUGCUAUUGUCAACGCUGCUAAUGAACAUAUGACAGGUGGUGGAGGAGUUGAUGGAAUUAUUCAUCGAGCUGCUGGAAAUGAACUCUAUACAGCAUGUAAAGCUCAUAAACAACUCACUCAUGGUGUUCGUUUACCAACUGGUCAUUCUCGUAUUUUACUUAGCUAUAAUAUGUCAACAACAACUUAUUAUAUUAUUAAUACAGCUGGUCCAAUAUACGAGCGAUAUGCAGCAGAAGAAUGUGCCAAGGAAUUAUCUUCAUGUUAUAAAACAGCACUGGCUUUAGCUAAUUUAUAUGAUCUUGAAUCAAUUGGUUUUACUGCUAUUAGUUGUGGUAUAUUUGGCUAUCCAGCAAAUCAGGGUGCUGAUAUUGCACUUCGAACAGUUGAUCAAGAAGCUGGUAUAGUGCCUGUGGUUGUAUUUGUUCUUUGGGAUAAUGAUAUUUAUGAUACAUGGGUACAAAAGGCUCAAGAAUUAAAAUUCACUCCUUUUGAUAUUGAAAAAAUACCAAUAGAAAACUCAUUAACACCAUCGAAUGAUAAUGAUCAAACAGAAACUAAGAAAAAUCUGAGUGCCAAUGAUAAUCAGCCACGAACACCAACUACAUUUAAUCCAAAAGUUAUAGAUCAUUCAACAAAAGAUGAAACAGAAAAAACGUCAGAAAAAGAUAUUAAAAGUUUACUCGACAAACUACCGUCCGUUCCUACUGAUAUGUCUGAUACUCAAAAUACUGAAGACAUGGAACAAGAUGACAAUUCAAUAAAUGAAAAUCGUCGAUUGCACACUCAUCAAACUCGAGAUAUGGCAAGUAUGAAUUUAAAAGAAGAAAAAUCAACAAGACAUGAUGAUUUUGAACAAACAUCAGUUGAAGAAACAUCUAAUAAACAACACGAUCAACAAACAAACAAAAAUGAUGGUGAUGAUCAAUCAGUAGUUCAUAAGGAUAAGAAAAAACUUCAUGCUGAAAUAUCACCAAACACAACAAAUCAAGGCGAUCAACAUAAUUCCUCCAUGACAGAUAAUUCUGGAAAUUAA